GGAUUGAUUCGUCAUUACUUCUGGGAAUGUGUGAGAAGCCAUCGUGAUGUGUUUGGAUCCCACUUCCAUAUUGUUUUUGAUGAUGUACAAUACGCGUUUUCGUUGGAAAGAUGGAAAUUUUAUGAUAGGAAGGUAUUUAAACUCAAUGUAGAUAAACAGGUUUUCGUUAUUACUGCAAUCGAAGAUACACUUUUCGUGUUCAACUUGGCAUCUGAACGUGUGGUUGAUAGAACUUUGUCCACGCUUCUGGCUAAUAUCAUUUUCACCCAGCGAACACGCUAUGCACCAGAAGUACGUGAUGAGGAGGAAUGGUAA